AUGUGUAGCCCGUCGACAAUUUCGGUGGUCCCUGGCGAUGUAUGCAGACAUCCGUUCCUGAUUGGGGUAGCCGGUGGCACAGCCUCGGGCAAGACAACUGUAUGUGACCGCAUCAUGCAGCGUCUGCAUGAUCAGUGCGUUGUCAUGCUUUCCCAGGACUCCUUCUACCGCACCCUCAAUCCGGACGAGAUGGUCCUGGCCAAGGCCAGCAACUACAACUUCGAUCACCCGGACGCACUGGACCGCCAGGAGCUGCUCAAGUGCUUGCAGCUGCUGAAGGAGGGCCGCUCUGUGGACAUCCCCAUCUACGACUUCGCCUCGCAUUCGAGGGCCAAGGAGACACGCAGGGUGGACCCUGCCGACGUGGUGAUUGUGGAGGGCAUCCUGGUGUUGGCCAUGGAGGAGAUUCGCGAGCAGCUCAACAUGAAGAUUUACGUGGACACGGACGACGAUGUUCGACUGGCUCGCCGCAUUCAACGAGACGUGGCCAGUCGCGGUCGCGACGUUGCAAGCGUCAUCGAGCAGUACACCCGCUUCGUGAAGCCCGCCUUCGACACCUUUAUCGGCCCCUCCCGCCGCCACGCCGACAUCAUCGUGCCCUGGCAGUCCUCUGAGAACAUCGUGGCCAUCGACCUCAUCACGGAACACAUCCGACUGAAGCUCAGGCAACAUGACCUCAUUCGCAUUUACAGGAACCUGGAGGUGAUGCCGUCCAACUUCCAGAUGCGCGGCAUGCACACCAUCCUCCGCGACCGGGAGACCUCCAAUUCGGACUUUGUCUUCUACGCGGACCGCAUCAACCGUCUGCUGGUGGAGGCGGGUCUGGGCCACCUGCCCUUCCAGGAGAAGAUUGUCACAACCCCUACAGGUGAGCGUUACGUGGGCGUGGAGUUUGCUCGCGGGCUGUGUGGUGUGAGUGUGAUUCGCAGUGGCGAGGCGAUGGAGGCGGCUCUGAGGGAGUGCUGCCAGGGAAUCAAGAUUGGCAAAAUCCUGGUGCAUCGGUGGGUUCACGGCAAGAGUGAGGACAUCAUUUAUGAGAAGCUUCCUGCGGAUAUUUCCCGCCGCUAUGUGCUGCUGCUGGACCCGGUUCUGGGUACCGGGAACACGGCAUGCAAGGCGAUCCAGGUGCUGCUGGACAAGGGCGUGCAGGAGAGCAAGAUUCUGUUUCUGUGCAUCAUUGCGGCUCCACCUGGCAUUCACCGUGUGUGCCAGGCCUACCCCCGCGUCAAGGUCAUUACCUCGGAAAUCGACACCUCCAUCGACGAGAACUGGUCGGUGGUGCCGGGUGUGGGCGAGUUUGGCGACCGCUACUAUUGUUGA